AUGGGUCGAGACUAUGAAGAUCCCAGAGAUGUCAAAGGCUUGGACUUUUACGAGGUAGUAACUUCAGAUGAAGAAGAGGAUACCAAAAUCCAAGACCAAUUGAAAGAGCUGGAAAGGCAGAGUAAAGAUCUGCAAGAACGUUUACGGUUGAAGGAAGAGCGGAGGAAGAAUCUGAGUCAGCUUGUCAGAACGAAAGUGGAAAUUCCAGCUUCUCCGCGAAAAAAGAGCACUGAGCCAGUGUUGAGUACUAUAAAGCCAAGAGAAUCGACGAUUAUUCGCCAUCCACGAGAAAGCGAUCAUAACGUCGCACAAAAGGCUCCUCAGUCUUCCAAUCCCGCGAACACAACCUCUUACUUUCUCGAAAACUUCGCCAAUGUCCGCAAAACGGAAGAGCAGAGGGUUCAGCAUAGGGACGAUCUAAUGAAUUGUCGCGUGCACACGUUUAAGGGUCUGAAAGACUCCAAACCGCGUGAGCCGCUUUUGGUGGACGAAAAAGAACAAUAUACCGGUUGUUGGAUAACGCGUCGGUAUGUUGCGACCGCCGAGCUGGACGAGCUUUUCAAAGACAUCAAAAUUCUCAGGCUGCCGAAGCUAUUCGGCAAGGUGCGGCCUCCUAAAUUUAGUGAGCCAGACUAUGCCAAUUGGGUUGCAACAGGGAUCAUCAGUUUCAAAUCAGCGGUGAAAUUGACGUCAGCAUCGAAGCCUGCAAAAUACUUCAAAUUCACUAUGACAGAUUUCCAACACAACUUGGACGUUUACGUCUUUGGAAAUAAAAACGUCGAGAAAUACUAUAAUCUCAGAAGUGGGGAUGUCAUUGCUAUAUUGAAUCCUGACAUUUUACCUUGGAGACCUUCAACGGUUUCGAACGACGAAUUCUCAGGACAAGUGGUCAAAUCUUUCAAUCUAUCCAUAAGGCACAACUACGACUGUAUACUAGAGAUUGGGACCAGCAAGCAUCUCGCCUUUUGUCAAAUCUACAACAAAAGUACGGGCAAAGUGUGCGGAAGUCCAAUUAAUAAAUCUUCUACGGACAGAUGUGAAUAUCAUCAAGAGGUCAGGUUUCGACAGAUUAACGCACAGAGAAUUGAAUUGAACGGUAGUACUCCUUUAAGAUCACCGACAAAGAACGGAAAAAAGCAAGCCCUCUACGGGAAUUCGACAUCGAAGAAAAAGUAUGCGCUUCUGCCUGAUAAGUAUGCUGCACAGCCACAAGAUCGAGAGAGUCAAAACACUCUUUACUUCAGCAAUCCCAACUAUGCACGCGCAUUUUUUGACGAUUCGUAUCAAAAUCCUGACCUAUUGAACAACCUGGAAAACAAGCGCCGCAAGUUGCGCGAUACCGCUAAGGACAAGCUUCUUCAAACUCAAAUUGACAAAGCGGUAGGCCAAAAAAAUGCUGAAGCUUUCAAAAACAAAACGCAUCAUGAACAAAGGAGCAUGCAGCAAGCCACUGAACAGGCACUGGCGAGUGGAUUGGUGAAGGGUAUUGGCUUUGAUCCUACUAAGGGACGAAUGAAAGAUGUUUUAGUCCACCACCGCGGUGGUAGGGCUAGUACGGACCCCAAGUCUUCGCAAGUCAAAGAAAUUAUGGGAUUUAAAAAGUCGAACGUCGAUCUGGCUCCAUCACGACAAGAGCAAAAGAAAAGAAUGCUUAGAAGAGAACAGGUAUGGAGGGAGCACUUCCAACAGCCAAAGGAGGGACGAAGUACAGCUCUGCCGUAUCAAGACGUCAGUGACAGUGACAGCGAAAUAGAAAUUAUCUGA